ACCCAAAUUAAUUCUCUCCCGCUCUCUCCCUCUCACUUUUAUUUGUUUAGUAUUUAUAAAAUAAAAAAAUGUUCACCCUGCAAAUUCACUCCGUCGACUCUCCCCAACGUCUUCCGAUUACCGUCACCUCCGCCACUCACGGCCCUAAUAGAACUACCGGCGACGCUUUGAACUCUCAGGAACUCAGAGGCAUCGCGCACCUCUUCCGCCAACUUCCCCCGCCCUCCGUCUCUGCCACUGCUGCCAACCCUAACAGUACCCCUCCCACCCCAUCCACCACAAUUGCAAACCCUACGGCCCGCACCACCCAGAUCUUCAUCGUCGCUGUCCCAAAUUACCUGUCUUCCGAUGACUUCCUUCUCUUUUGCGGCACCCACGUUGAUCACUUCCUAGAGAUCCUUUUCGUCAGGAAUGAUGCAGUGGAGGAUAGAUAUAGCGUACUCAUCAGUUUGGCAAAUCAAUUAGCUGCUGAUGGGUUUUAUUGCAGUUUCAAUGGGAAAAGGUUUAGACCCUCUGAGGCUGAAGUAUGUCAUAUAUACUUUACUCAAUCAGUUGAGUAUACUGAAGUAGCAGAAAUUGCUAGUACUCCACCCCCGGGUUUCACUGAGUUGCCAACUUGUCCUAUUUGCCUUGAGAGAUUGGACCAGGACACAAGUGGAAUUCAGAGUACACUAUGUGACCAUUCAUUUUAUUGUUCUUGUGUUUCGAAAUGGACUUAUUUGUCCUGUCAGGUUUGCCGACUUUGUCAGCAGCAGGAUGAGAAACCAACUUGUGCUGUUUGUGAAACAUUGGAAAACCUUUGGGUCUGUCUGAUUUGUGGUUUUGUAGGAUGUGCAAGGUAUGAAAAGGGGCACGCUGUUAGACAUUCGAGAGACACAGAGCAUAACUACUCCUUAAAAUUAGAAACGCAACAAAUUUGGGAUUAUGUGGGGGACAAAUAUGUUCACCGAUUAAACCAGUCAAAAGCUGACGGAAAAUCUGGUGUCAUGAAUUCUCACUGCAUUUCAAACGAAGGAGAAUGUGGUACAUGUGGGUAUGAGGAGGAUUCAGGACUGGAUGGAGUACUUUUUAGCAGCAAAGUUGAAACGACUGUUGAUGAAUACAACCAUCUUCUUGCAAGUCAGCUGGAGAUCCAGAGACAACAUUAUGAAUCUCUGCUUGCUGAAGCCAAAAAUAGCCAAGAUAGCACCAUUUCCAAAGCAGUGGAGAAGACUUUGUUUUCAAGGAUGCACGAUUUGCAAUAUAGAUUGGAGAGGUAUACAGAGGAAAAGAAAGCUAUUUCUGAGAGGAACCAAGAACUCAUGAAAAAACAGGAACUACUACAGCAGAAGUACAAGGAUAUUGAGGCAAUGAGUAGUUUAACUCUCAAAUCUAAAGAUGAAAUGGUAUUGGAUCUGAAAGAACAGAUUAGAGAUUUAAAAGUAUAUCUUGAGGCCCAGAAAAAAAUUGCUAAAAUGACUGAUCGAGAAGGUGUUAAAGGUGGAACUCUUCUACCGGUGGAGGCAACUUGCCCAUCGUCAGGUAAUCCAAAAAGGCGAGCAAAGUCAGGUAGACGAAGGGGUUAGAGGACAACAAUUUUUUUCUAACAUUAGAACUUCAGGUAUUUAUGGUCUUGACGACCUUACUGUAUCAACUAUAUUGACGGAUAAAAAUGAAAUUUGUGUUGAGGGGAGUUAUUUUGUAUCUCCUAUGAUAUGUAAUUCUCUGUAAAUAGUUGUAUGUUGGUAAUAUAUGUUUAUUGUUGGUGAGCCCAAUUCUUCAAAAAAACUUUUAUGUUUUUAUGCUUAAAUGUUUAGAUAAAGGACUAGGGAAAAAUAAUGAGCUGUUUGAAGACCUUGUUGGAGGCAUUAAAUUGCCAAGGAUAACAAACAUUGUAAAGCCCUAGCUUUCUUCAA